CAAAAUUCGAGUUUGACGCUUUCAAAAAUGACAUCCUAAAACGUUUGCUGCCUGGAAGAGAAGUGAAAACGAACUAAAAGUCGGGUAUUAUUAGUCUAAGGAAAUGAGUACCAAACAGAGCCCGGCCCUCCAGCUGGCGGAGGGGCAGCUAACCAAGCUGACUAGCGAAUCGGAAGAGAUCCGUAUGCGCGCGCUCGACCAGAUUGAGACGAGAUUCAUCAGGUGCCUGCAACUGGGCGAGCCGAUACAGUUCAAGCCGGUCCUGCUGCUGAAGCAGCUCAUCCGCUGGUUCGGGUACACACCGCCGCUGGUGCCCGACCGUGUGCUGGCCAUGAUUAUGGAACUCCUUCGAUCCGAGUACGCCGAGGCGGUGAUUCGCAAGAUUCCUUACGAACGCUUCAAGGCCGAGCUGCAGAAGGUUCGCCGUGUGCUACACAAGCAGGAGUCCAAGCGGGUCAGCGAAUUGCUGGAUGAUAUGAAUUUGCUGCUUCUCGAGAAGUACAACAUAGACCGGGUGACGCCGAGCGUCUCCAGCCUUAGUUCAAAUGACAUUCCCAGUCAGGCAACUGAAUCCGCAGACAGCAGUUCGAAUCAGAUUUACGACAAUCUGAAACCGGAAGAUUACGAGCCCUCCUGGUCGCAUCCGUGCUUGGACGAUGUGGCCACCAUGAAGAGCAUGAUUGAUUUGCCACGAAAUAGCGUUGAGUUGCAGUUGCAGCUCACCGAACUGAUCAUCCGUAUGGGCGACUACCCAACUGAGUACUUUCUGCAGCCACCGUUCGUAUUCUUGCAUCUGGUUCAGUUGCAAACGAUGACUGACGGUAGCCUGAUACAUGUGAACCGGGCACUAAUUGCCUGCCUGCGGCUGCUGCAGCAGCGCAUCUUGUUGCGCCGAAACACUCUGAGCUACGCGGACAGGUUCGAUCCUCCGUCACGCCCCAAGCAAGUGAAGGUGGUGAGCGCCUUGGUAAUUCUGCUGGAAAAUUGCAUGAAGCUGAUUCGUCCGUUGCUGUUCAGCUGCACAAACGACAACUGGCACAUAAUGGAGCUGAUCGUGGAAAUAGUGCGGACCCACGAUGUUCUCAGCUCAAAAAUUCCCUUAGUGAGCAUUACGCUCAUCGCGGACGCGGUCAAAAGUCUGCUGGCGUAUUGUAACAGUGUAGAAGGCAGUUGCAUGACCCAGCUGAUGGACUCGCUCAGGAUUCCCCGCCUGCAAUCGCUGAUCCUUAACGGCGUGCUGCACGAUAUGGUGGCCUUAAAUAUAAACUAUGACAAACGCAUGGACCGACGCCAAGCCAAAGCACUCAUCCAACCUAUAGUUUUGGACAGCGCUUACCUGUCUGGCAUGCCCGAGCGCAUGAAGUCGCUAAACACUCUAAUAUCGUCUUUGGAUUCUGGACCAUCACCGGACGAGGAGUUGAUCAAGCUGAAGCGGGCCUACAGCGUGGCCCUAAAUCAAUUACAUCCGAAUACGGAACUGACUGGGUCGCUGCUAAUCCAGAAGUACAGACAAGUGUGCCUUGUGCUCGUCCAACUGGGCAGUGAGACAUUGGUAAAGCAGCUCUUCGGAGCUGUUGUAAAAUGCAUUCCAUUCUACGCGGGCAAUUUAAAGCUAAGAAAGGAUGCGGAUGAGCUGCUUUACACCCUUGUUGAUUUGCCUGCUCUCAAACUUCGUUCACUUAUAUAUCGUUUAAUGAUCAAAUCCACCGUGGCCCACUUUCAUUCCUUUAUGAACAAGACAGUCUAUAUGACCGGCUGCAGCAAUGUGGAUCUGAUUCGUCAGCAUAUCUUAGGCGUGCCGCUAACUCCCCUGCUGUUACGCAGAAUGAUAAUUCAGAGUUCGGAAGCAAAUACUUCGGAACGUAUGCAGCAGUGGUGCCUCGACUAUCCUAUAAUGAUUAUGAAGCUAAACGCUAUUCUAGCUCCGCAGGAUUUCAGCGUUGUUUUCCCGUUGCUACUCCCCGUGCUGCCUCUGCUGAUCAGCAGGUCGGUUACACACAAGAUAUUGCACAACGUCAUAUGGAACGUUUUAGAGCCGGACUCCAGCCGUUUGGAUCCGCAAUUGAUGCUGCGCGGGUACGUUUACUUCAUGUUCCAUCCGGAUGGCGAGGUUAGGAGCGAGGCCACCACUACAAUUGCUUACGUGCUGCAAUGUCAGGAGCAAACGAAUAGAUAUUUGCCCACCGCAAGCAACGUACCGGUUGAGCACAUCGCCAACGAUCUCUGCAUAAUUCAACCACCAUUCUGUUAUAGAAGCAUUUUCAUCAAAUGCUCUGAUGAGCGGUUUCAAGGUCAGCGCAGCUUGGACGCCCUGUUCCGAUUACUCCAGGCCAAGGACAUAAAGUCGAAUAUCCGAAAGUCAACAAUGACUCAAUUAAAUGUCUUGCUACGAAACUGGAGAGCUUGUGAGGAAUUCUCCACAAAGGAGGAUGGAUAUCGACUGAUUAUGGAGUCUCUGCACAACGCUCUGAAAAAGGGGAACGACACUGAUAUUCUGCUGCCCACUGUGAGUAUCCUGAUGAAGCUUCUGUUCAAUGACGAUGAGUUUCGAUUAGAAGUCGCGAACACAUUCGGGGUGUACACUUUACUGCUGAGGGCUUUAUUCUUGUUCCCCCACUUGGAACAGUUGCGCCAGGAUGUCAGUAUAUGCCUGUUCCAAAUGCUGUUCCAGAAUUGUAUCACCUCCACUGAAGACAAACUGGUACUGAAUGCGAAUAUGGAACCCCUGAUUUUGCCUGUAACCUAUGAAAUUGAACAUAAAGUUAUACCCACUGCCGUUACGGAAGGAUUGGAGCUGCAACAAAAUGUGGAGGCGACCCAUUUCGGGCGAGAUAGGGCAAAAGCUGCACAGCAUUGGCGACUGUAUAUGGCCUAUCGCGUUUGCCAGGUUCCAUCCAGCAUUACUUUGGAGUCUGUGAGCGCUUUGGAUAUAAGGGAGUCUCUUAAGAUCAAAAUGGCCGAUUUGGCGUUAGUAAGAUCCUCCGACUUAAAUGAGCAGCUAAGUUGUCAGUUUAUCGCAGCGGAGAAUUGCAGCAAACACGAGGAUCUGCAAAAAACUGUGUCGGCCAUUCAGCUAUUUCUCGUGGUUCUGCGAAACUCAUUAAGUGAUACGGUGGCUGAGAACUUGUGGAAAUUAAUCCAUAAGUACAUCCGCUUAGCGCCGGGGAACGAAGCGGAUGACAAGGUGUACAAGUCCAUGCUGGAUCUGUGCGUAACAUGCAUUCGCUUCAGCCAGCCACAUGCUAUCAACGGACUGAGCUACGCUCUGGAAACGGAUCAUCAUCACAGCUUCCAAUUACUCCUGCACGAUAGCCAAAUUUCUCUGGAUAAGCUAUUCCUGAUUUGCCAGUGCAUGAUGCAGCUUUUGUCCAACGAGCUCAGUGAUGAUUCGAUGAACUGGUAUGGCAAGUUCUUUAUGCAAUUGAGUGCCGUGGCCAAGACGCACUUUGAAUUGCGCCAGCUGCAGCACGUUCGCUGCAUACUUUGCAUGCUGCGCUUUGUAAGCGAGCGAAAUCUGAAAUUUAGUAAUGCUCAGUUGAUGAGCUACUCUCAGCAUUUUAUCCAAUUGUCCAGCAAUUUACGUACCUCAACUCAAACCGGAUCCGAGUGGCAGCGGGACUGCUUGUACAUAAUCUGUCAGCUCCAGAUCCAUCUAAUAUAUCAGGAGCCAAAGGCGUCCAGCAAGGCCAGUAUCCCAAACGAUGUCGGAGCUUCAUAUAAGGUCUUGCGCUAUUUCUUAACACUUUGCGGGCACGGUGACAGUGAAGUGCGUGCAUUGUCCUGGGUAUCGUUGGCCAAUUGGAUAACCAUCUGUGGCUCGCAGGUAGCAGAAAUUCUGCCUCGCCUGGAUUUUCUACCCGGCGGACUGCCGGCUUGCUGUUUAACCACUCUGACGGAUGCCCACGAAAUGAUGCUGAUCAGGGAGUUGGCCGGACGAGUAUUUAUCCUUCUGAUGCCGCUCAUUGGUGCCGAAAGUAGCUUGGAAUUGUUGCGGAAACAUGACUUACUAAAGACCGCCUACAAUUCGCUGAAAGCAAUUCACGACACUCCCUGGAUGUUCAAGAAGAUAGUUGGUGAGCGGCAUUCGUGUGAAGUAAUUAGCUGCUAUGUUGCCAUAUGCACCAAAAUGGUGGCCAUGAAGCCAGAGUGGUGUGCCGCGCUCUGCGGCCACAGUUUGAUGAGUGGUCUCAGCGAUGUGAUGAAAAAACUCAAGUCGCAGGCGUCCUGUUCGAUUCCGCUUGUGGAACUGUGUGCAUCCCAAAUUUGUGAAUUGUACUCGAUGUGCUACACUAAUAACUUUGAGUUCCUUAAGAUGACGAUUUGUCGAGAUUCUGUAUUCUUGCAGAAUUAUUUAACGCUGAUCAACGAUGUUUUGAGUUUGGAAUGUCCCGAGUACAUGGUGAUUCCCCUAUUAAAGAUGUUUCUCAUAUUCUGCACGGACUCGAAUUCGAACUCAUUUCUCAUCGAACAGAUAAAGAAUAAGCCAUCUCUAUUCAUGGAUUUCUUCCUGUUUGGAUUGCAUGUGAAGCUUAUUAAUUCGCCAUUUCAGCGCUUUACUCUGUCAGCAUUAUCACUUGUGUUCACCAAAGCUCAACUUGCUGCGUAUGAUAUAAGCAUGCUAAGUGAGUUGGAGAAGUUCGAAUUAGCAUUCAGUGAUCCUGAUAUUGCUAAAGAUGGCAAACAAGAAUUCGAGUCAAAAAAGAAGCAAUCUGUAUCGCAAUGCAUCUACGAUGAAUCCUCGGAUAAUUCGGAUGACAAUAAGCAAAGGCCAAACCAUGCGAUCCAGGCCACUAAUGCGGCUAUUAUAAUUUUCCAUCGCUUGGAUCAGCUCUUUGACCGUUACUAUCUAUCGAAGGCCUUAAACUUUUUGGAACUUCCUGCAGUGGGCCAGGUGCAGGUUUGUGAAGCACUCGGCGAACUGCUUAAGGCAUCAACCUGGGCCGUGAAAGCAGCCGGAGAAUCGAAGCUGCUUGGCAAGGUAGUUCACAUUCUGGACGAUUUUCUCAAUGACGAAAAAAUCGGAAACGCCGCCGUCUAUGUGAAGCGAGUGGGACCUCACAAGGCGCAAAGUAUCAUAAGCAAUCUCUUGGUACUGAUUAACAUGCUAUCCCAAUGGCAUAGUUCUCCCAAUUCUGAGAUCAUCCAGACCAGUAUGGCUGCGAAUAUCGCCAAAAUCCUCAUCCGCAUUUGGCCUUGGUUAUCGCACUCGUAUCACUUAAAAAAGGUUACUGUCCAGCUGAUUAUGUUCCUUACGGAGCAUUCAUUCGAAAUGUGUAAACAGAUAUCCCUGCUUCAGUCGGGACAUGCCCAAUCCCUGCUACACCUAAUGGCUCGCGUCGCUGACUUCGAGACCACCAAGAAGGAGAUUCCAAACAAAGAGCCAUCUCUGAAUAUGGUGCCCGCACUAAGGGUUAUGGUAAACUGCUGUUGCUGCACCGAGGGUCGGCUGAGUUUGUCCAAAAUGAAUUUGCUGGAUAUGUUUGACACAAUCCUUCCUGCUAAUCCGUGCUCAACACAUCUUAAAGUGCGACCACCUGUACUGAUUGCAUGGCUCGGAUUCUGGGAGGUAUUUUCCCGGUACGACGUAGGAGGAAAGGCUUGCCAUCUUCAAUCUCUUAUAAACACGAUUCGGCGUAGUCCUCCAUUGAGUCACAAGCGGAUCCUGUGCCUUCGAAUACUCCGCAACAUGUGCUUCUUCAAUGGUAAUCGCCCCCGGCUCGUGGAGCUGGCUGACUUUAUUAACCUGCUGCGUGAUAUUUUGGAGCAGAGGGUCCAAAAAGCACCCACAUCCGAGAAAAACGGGCUGAACUCCUUCGAGGAGCACCGCCUGGCUGUCCUCAUGUUGUGGAAACUCUUCGGUUUCGGUGCCAAAUAUAAGGGCAUGCUGCGGGGCACCAAGCUCUUUAAACUGCUGAUUGGCCUUCGGGUGGAGAUGUCGGUGGUCUUCUCGGAGGAAGAGAAUAAGUACGCAGGCGUUCCGUACGCAAAUGAUCUCGCCAAGUUGCUGGAGAAACUGAUGGAGUCGAUGCGACAAUAAUCGCAGACCAUGGACUCACUCUGAUCAAGUACAAAUCGAUAGGAUAGUUAUAACAGAGUCGUUUUAUUUUUGUAUAAUGUGUAACUUUUGUAAUGGACUUUUGUAAUUCGACUGUGAAACGAGAUAUGUAACUUUUUUAUAUAAUAAUGCACAACCGUUUAAUUUUGUUGUAAGAAGAAGCCUGAAGGCAUUUUAAGUUUGCACAACGUUCUUAACUAAUGGAAAUAAACAUCUGAACCCCAUAACU